UAUGCAAUAUGGAGAAAAAGGAAGAGAGCACUAAAUUAAGGCGUAUAAUAAGCUAAUUCUUGUGUCAAGUCGGGAUUUAGCAGUGCCAUAUCGCUCACUUAUCCCACUGAUUUUUCGGAUUUUGUAGAAAGAGGAAGUGUAUGUACAUUGGGCUUUUUAAGUGUGUAAGAAGUGAAUUUAGUUACAACAUACUGGGAUUUCAAUUUCAUUGUGGGUUUAAAGGUUAAAUUUUCGUCUAAAAGAGACAAAGGUUGAUUUAACAAUGGCAAAUAGAAGGUCAUUUUCACAGCAGCAGCAAAUGGGUUUAUCAGCAGAAGGUUGUGGUGGAGAGGAUGUUAUGUACACAGAGUUAUGGAAGGCUUGUGCUGGUCCAUUGGUGGAUGUUCCAAGAAUUAACGAGAGAGUUUACUAUUUUCCACAAGGGCACGUGGAACAACUGGAGGCAUCAACAAAUGAGGAAUUGAAUCAGAGGAUAACAACGUUUAGUCUGCCUUCAAAGAUCCUUUGUAAUGUUUUUGACAUUAAGCUACUGGCUGAAAAAGACACUGAUGAAGUCUAUGCACAAAUUACUUUGAUGCCAGAAGCAGAUCAAACGGAGCCAAGAAGUCUCGAUCAGUGUAAUCCUCAGCCUCCUAGGCCUACAGUUCACUCAUUCUGCAAGGUUUUGACAGCCUCUGAUACGAGCACCCAUGGUGGAUUUUCUGUUCUUCGUAAACAUGCAAACGAAUGCCUUCCUCCUUUGGAUAUGAGCCAGCAGACACCAACCCAGGAAUUGAUUGCCAAGGAUCUGAAUGGGAUUGAAUGGCACUUUAAGCAUAUAUUUAGAGGCCAACCCCGAAGGCAUUUGCUGACGACAGGAUGGAGUACAUUUGUUACUUCUAAGAGAUUAAUUGCUGGGGAUUCUUUUGUAUUUCUAAGGGGAGAGAAAGGAGAAUUACGUGUUGGGGUUAGACGCCAUACUCAUUAUCGGAGCUCAAUGCCAUCGUCAGUGAUUUCAAGUCAGAGCAUGCACCUAGGAGUGCUAGCAACUGCAUCUCAUGCCUUUUCUACCAAGACCAUAUUUGUUGUUUAUUACAAGCCAAGAACAAGUCAAUUCAUCAUAGGCCUGAACAAUUAUCUAGAUGCUGUAAAUCAUGGUUUUGAAGUUGGCUCAAGAUUCAAGAUGCGAUUUGAGGGAGAGGAUUCUCUUGAGAGAAGGUUUUCAGGAACAAUCAUUGGUGUUGAAGAUUUCUCUCCGCAUUGGGAAGAUUUGGUAUGGCGAUCAUUGAAGGUUCGGUGGGAUGAACCUGCAUCCAUUCGAAGACCUGAAAGGGUUUCCCCGUGGGAGAUAGAACCAUUUGUUGUAUCACUGCCAACAAGCCUGGUUCAAUCAACGACGACGAAGCAUAAAAGGUUUCGAUCACAUGUGGAAAUCUCAGUUCCAGAAAAUCCGACCUCGACAACGUCAGCUGUCUGGAAUCCUUCCCAUAAUUCACAUGAAGCAAAUCUUGCUCUCCAAGAACAGAGGAGUAUACAUUAUAAAAACUGCAGCAAUCGUAAUGUAAACACUUCUGUAAACGUGUUUGCUGAAGAAACAGAAAAAAGUGAAAGUACCUCAGCUAGGUCGGUUUUUUCCAACUUAACCACACAUUCAGGAAAACAAAGUAAUAGUCUCGUGCCUUACAUGAAUGACAGGAGGGAGUCACUUAAUGUUGCAACUUGCCGAUUGUUUGGGGUCAAUUUGAUCAGUCCUUCGAUAGGUGUCCUUGAUGAGAAUUUUACGAUAAAACCAGUCAAUAUACCAAGUGAUGCUUGCAAGGAAUACAUUUCAAGUAAACUGUCUUCAGGUGAUUCAGAACAGAAAUCUUGUCUUUCACAGGAUUCCGAAGAGUCAAAGCAAGACCGGUCGCAAGUUCUGACAAAAGAUGUUCAAAAAAGAGAAAAUCAGGCCUCCAGAAAUUGCACCAAGGUUCAUAUGCAAGGGGUCACAUUACGUUUUGAGGUGGACUUGACGUCAUUGAAGGGAUACGGCGAGCUUAUAAGCGAACUGGAAAGGAUGUUAGGAAUCAAGGGGGAGCUUUGUCCCCCAAAAAAAUGGGAUAUUAUUUUUAUGGAUGACAAAGGUGAUGUGAUGCACAUGGGAGAUGAUCCAUGGCCGGAAUUCUGUAACACGGCGAGAGGGAUUUUCAUUUGUUCUUGCCAAGACGUGAAUAAAGUGCGAAGUGAGAGCAACAUUCCUUUAUGCUGUGAUGAAAAUUGAUGGAGGCUACCUUGUACUUGGAACUUGGUUAGUCAUUCUUUUAGAAAGUUUCUCCAAGUGAUAUUGUCAUUGAGGAUGCUUUAGUAUUGCUGACUCAAUUUUGUGUUAAUGAUAUGGAAAUAACGUAAGAUAAUCUGAAAAUAUCACAGUAUUAUGAUGAAUAUGUGAAAAUUUCCAUGUCGUUACCACGUUUGAUCCGACUCUAAGUAUAGCAAGCCUUGAAUGUAUUGGUGUGAAAUGAUUUAAGUAGUAGAAUCGAAAUCUGUGUGUUACUAGGGGUGAUUUUGGUGAUAUGGAUGAGAAGCUGUCUCUCCCAUAGUUGUAAAUAUAUGUUUGUCUCUGAAAUUGAAAAUGUCUAGCUGUUUUUUUUUUUU